AGAUACAACCAGGAACCUACUACGACUACUCUUUCUCUUGAUCAGUCCCACCAACAGCCACCACCACCAUCUCUCUUGAACCUGUACCAUCCACCAGUUAUAGACACAACAACGCAAUACCACCCAGACGGCACGAGCUAUUAUCCUCCACCAAACCAUCACGUCUUUACUGGAGGCUUAGACGUUCGGCCUCGGCUACCGACCAAGCCGCUAUUUACUGCGUAUUUCAAGCAAAGACUCACCACAAUCAGUACGGGACCCUCGAUGGGAAUAGCUCAUACCCCUCGCACUGCAUCGUUACCACACCCAGGGGGGCAACCGGGAACUCAAAUCAGUGCCCGAGACCAAUACUCUCAACCAACCCCAUCCUUCAGGAGACAAUCCGAACACGCCCCGUGCCGGUCUCCGCCCUUCUCAACAUCUGGAUAUCGCCGCAUCCCAAUUUCACCCAGUCCCAGUCUUUCAGCCGGGUUUCCUGGCUCAUCUGGUAGGAUGGACUCCGGUCAGUACGGGCAUUCUUCAUCUCAAAACAAGAUUCCUCCUCUCGAAGACGUUCAGACCCUUGGCACCUUUCAUUACCAGGAUCAAAAUCGCACACCAGCCAAGAUCGGUGUCAAUGGCAUCAUUGACAAGGGCUUCUUCCAGGCUGACGGCGAGUGGACUUGUUAUCGAAGGAACUACUUCUCAUGUGUCUGUUCGUUUACUAUUACCCCUUAUUUUCCCGGCGUCCCCGUCAGCUUCACUCCAUCAGGCUCAAACAGCCAGCCGUCAGUCAUCCAUGGCUUUGCCAUGUGCAUCUCCGCCGUUGUCUCCGAAAACGACCAGCACUCCAUCGAGCUCGUUCAGCAUACUCCUAAACGAGACAAGGGUCCUACGAAGAACCCUCCUAAGAUCCCACUGAUGGCAAAACAGGAGACGGGAGCAGGCCACAAUCACAUUGGAAUAUUCGGUGCCAACAGCAAUGUGGGCCAUGGAAACUCAUGUUCUUACCCCGACGGCUGGGUCAUCUCUGAUACCAAUGUCAAUACACCGCAAACGGAGUACACGUUUGAGCGGAUUCAGUUCAAGCAGGCUACCCAGAAUAAUGGCAAACGAAGAGCUGCUCAGCAGUAUUAUCACCUCAUCAUCGAACUCUGGGCGAACACAGCCCCUCCGGGAACCAACAAGGAACAUUGGCUCAAGAUUGCUUACCGCAAAUCUGCUAAAAUGAUUGUCAGGGGGCGCUCUCCUGGACACUACCAGAACGACCGCCGGGGCAGCUCCAGCAACGGGCCAUCCGGCAGUGGAGCCGGCAUGGGCAACAACUACCCUCACAUGGGCAGCUCAGGAGAGUACGGCAGUGCCAGCUCGAUGCUUAGCAACUACACAGGCUACAGCAACGCCACAGGAACGGUAUAUGGAAGCCAUCGUCAUCACCACGGUCUGCCGGCCGAGACAAUGAUGGCUCCUGAGGAGGAAAAGGCCGUCGAGAGUACAAAGGGUUACCAGUACUACCCUGGUGCCCUCUACGACAGCCAUGGUGAUCAGAUGUUUAAUCAUCACAGCGGAACCGAUGCAAUGGCGACCCACGUGACAACUGAUAUGUCGAGCAAGGUCAAGCAUGAAUAUGACAGCUCCAGUAGCGCGCUGCCCCGCCUUACUCAUGCGACAACCGACCAUAGAAGGUGCGGGCCUUUUGAUGGCAAGCCUACGUCGAACGGAUACUAUCCUCAUGUCAUCUCUCCAACUGGCAUGAGCAUUACCAUGACC